UGUUCAUACCCCAGUACAUAAAGCCCAUAUACACUAUUUUGACUUUAUUGAAUCGUUCCCAAAAAUGAAAGAAGGUCCAAAUGAUUAAGAAAAACAUGUUUAAUAUUAGUAAAUUUUAAGAGAUUAAUUAAUUAAUGGACAAUCAGGACUUGAAUAAUAACUUUGCUUAAGAAACUGCUUUAAAAUGUCUGAAAAGAAAUAUGUCGAAUUCUGCUUAGAUAGAAAAUGUGGAGGUGUCGACAUAUAAAAAGCAGGCAAAAUUCUUGGUUAUGUUAAAAAUUGA